GCUAAAUUGGCGGUUUUAUGCUUAGCUUGGAUGCAAAAUGGACAGCCAAGUAGAAAUGUGCAGGAAUUCAAGAGCCAGCCCCAGCUAAUGGCCAAACACUGUGCGUGAGACUUGUGAGCAAGUCUUUUAACCUCUUGCUUCCAACUCCGCAUCUAAAGGCAAUAGCAAUCCUGCGGACAGGGCCCGCCCCCUGCCUGUGAUAGGCUGCUUGGAAUAGCAACAGCCUGUGUCACCGAAAAGGGCAAAGCCUUUCUGAAAUAGAAACAAAGUUGGUCACAAAUCACAUUGGCUUUGCCAGAGGACCUCCCCCUCCCCUCUUCUUUAGUAUGGUACCAUGGGGAAAGUGAUCAGACCUGUCGGCGGUGCAGCACACGGUGGUUUGGAGGCGAGAGAGAGGUUGUAACUUCUACGUGACCAUGGUACCUGUUGAAAACGGAGAGGGCCCCACGCUGCUGCACCAGAAGGGCAGAGAGGAGGAGAGCGAUGGCAGCUACGGAGCCAGAGGCACCAGCCGGCAUCCUGCCUGCGUGGGAGGUUGCAGCAUGUUUACUUUCCUGACAUCUGUCACCGCAGCUCUCAGUGGCCUCCUGGUAGGUUAUGAACUUGGGCUCAUCUCAGGGGCUCUUCUCCAGAUCAGAACCCUGUUGUCCCUGACCUGUCAUGAGCAGGAAAUGAUUGUGAGCUCCCUGCUCAUUGGGGCCUUCCUCGCCUCUCUCACUGGAGGAGUUCUGAUAGACAGAUAUGGACGAAGGACUGCAAUCAUUGUGUCAUCUUGUCUACUUGGACUUGGAAGCUUAGUCUUGAUCCUCAGUUUGUCCUACGUAAUUCUCAUCGUGGGACGCAUUGCCAUUGGAGUCUCCAUUUCCCUCUCUUCCAUCGCUACCUGUGUAUACAUUGCUGAAAUUGCUCCACAACACAGAAGAGGCCUCCUUGUGUCACUGAAUGAGUUGAUGAUUGUCAUCGGCAUUCUUUUCGCCUAUAUUUCAAAUUAUGUAUUUGCCAAUGUCUUCCAUGGCUGGAAGUAUAUGUUUGGUCUUGUGAUUCCCUUAGGAAUUCUGCAAGCAAUCGCAAUGUACUUUCUCCCUCCGAGCCCUCGAUUUCUGGUGAUGAAAGGGCAGGAGGAAGCUGCUAGCAAGGUUCUUGGAAGAUUAAGAGCAAUCUCAGACACAACUGAAGAGCUCACUAUGAUAAAAUCUUCCUUGAAAGAAGAGUAUCAGUACACUUUUUGGGAUCUGUUCCGGACCAAGGACAAUAUGAGGACUCGAAUAAUGAUAGGUCUAACACUGGUAUUUUUUGUACAAGUCACUGGACAGCCAAACAUAUUAUUUUAUGCAUCAACUGUUUUGAAGUCUGUUGGCUUUGAAAGUAACGAGGCAGCUAGCCUGGCUUCCACUGGGGUUGGGGUGGUCAAGGUUGUAAGCACCAUCCCCGCCACCCUUCUUGUAGACCAUGUUGGCAGUAAAACCUUCCUCUGCAUUGGUUCAUCCAUGAUGGCUGCUUCAUUGCUGACAAUGGGUAUUGUGAAUCUUAACACCCACAUGAAUUUCACCAAUAUCUGCAGAAGCCAUAGCCCUAUUAACCAAUCCUUGGAUGGACCUGUGCUUCAUGGAGCAGGAAACCUAUCAACCAGCAAUAAUAUUCUCAGAGAGCACUUUAAAGAAAUCCUUUCCCACAGCAGGGGCUCACUUACGCCCAUGGGAAAUGACACGGAUAAGAAAGCAGAGAUGACCUCCACAUUCUUACCACGUGCUGGACUACACCAAACUGAACACCAGAUAGCCACAGACCCUGAUGAAGUCCCAGCUUCUUUGAAGUGGCUGUCUUUAGCCAGCUUGCUUGUUUAUGUUGCUGCUUUUUCAAUUGGUUUAGGACCAAUGCCCUGGCUGGUGCUCAGCGAGAUCUUUCCAGGUGGGAUUAGAGGACGAGCCAUGGCGCUAACCUCUAGCAUGAACUGGGGCAUCAACCUCCUCAUCUCUCUCACAUUUUUGACAGUCACAGAUCUUAUUGGCCUGCCCUGGGUGUGCUUUAUAUAUACAUUCAUGAGUCUAGCGGCUCUGGGUUUUGUUAUUGUGUUUAUACCUGAGACAAAGGGAUGCUCUCUGGAACAGAUAUCAAUGGAGCUAGCAAAAUCGAACUAUGUGAAAAACAACAUUUGUUUUAUGAGUCAUCACCGAAAAGAAUUAGUGCCAGCACAGCUUCAAAAAAGCAAACCCCAAGAGCAGCUUCUGGAGUGUAAAAAGCUAUGUGAAGGGGGAAAACCAAAGCAGCUUUCUCCAGAGACCUAAAGGCCUCAAAUCAUCAGGAAGGUUGAAACGACAGACCGCUUGCAGGGUGUCUUUGUACCUGUGCGUUUUUGUCCCUGCCAUGCUCUCUUCAGUGUCACUGAGCUAUUUUGAAGAGGACACUCCGAUACAAGGACAACCAUUAACUCCUUCUUCCCUUAAAGGAUCCUCAAAAUGUAGCUGAGGAACAAGGUCCUAAGCAACUCUUGCUUAUUCUGAGUAGGACAGCGCGUUAAAAAAAUCUAAACUGGCUGCUUCAAUACUGUGUACUUUUUAGCGCAGCCACCUCUGAAAGAUUAAGUCCUUGCAACGAGAUCCAUCUUGGCGUUAAACUACAGCUGUAUGAAACCAGUCACAGUUUUAUGCGACACAGGUGUUCUGGACACAAGCUUAGUUUUUGCCCACUAAGACACUACUUGCACUGGGGCUUGUAUAACAAGUAACUGGGACACAAGGUGGGCAAUUUAAUUGCACAUCCGUGCUAGAUUAGGACAGGGUCCUGGCUAAGAUUUUAGUGAUAAUUCCUAGUUACAGUUCCAGAAAGAUUAUGCAACUUAUUUUAUAAAGUGAAACAAUGCAAAAUAAACUUUUAUGGAUUUCAUUUUAAUAGUAUAAAGUAUUAAACAGUUCUGUACUACUUGAGAAAAAUAAGCAUUUUUUGUCUUUUUUUUUAGUGAUUAAAGAGAUAAAUUUGAAAAUUCUAGAACCACACUUAUUUAGAAGGCGCUGUUAGGAAACCAUCAGAAAAGGAGUCAUGCCAUAGAUUAUCCAAAUUUCUAAGCAAUUCGAUGUAAAUUAUUAAACCUAUAAUAAUCUCCUUGGAAGGCUUUCAUGGCGACCUGCGGUAAUCGCGGUCUCCUGAAAUUCUUCCCGCUCCUCAGGAAUAUCUCUACCUCAGGUUAUGGCACAAAGACUAAUCGAUGCUGACUUUCAGAUGAAUGUAGACAUAAGUGACAUUUAGGCAUCUGGUGAAUUCACUCUCUGUGUUCUUCUUUCAUAGAAAAUCCUUAGUAAAGAAUCUUGAACCAUCGAAAUAGUAACCUAUUAGAUUACUAAUAUAAACUGUGGCAGACAUCACAAAAAUUAAGACCAUGACCAACCUAAUAUAAAAAAAAUUUCAAAAAAUAUGACUAAGCUGAAGAAAAAAACUCUAUGAGCCAAAUCCCUUCUAUAGGUUGGCAUUUUUUUCUGGCCCUUAACUAACUGUUCCAAUUUGACAUAAAGGAACACAACCCACUACUGUACAUUCCCUUACAACAAAGGGGAAAGAUGCCUCCGUAAGCAAUAGUAAAAUGAUAAUAUCAAAGACUCAGGAGAAUGACUAAAAGCCCUAGUUUUGAACUGCAUUAUCCAAAUUAAUGUUGGCAAGAAGAUGAUAAAAGCAGAUUUGAGAUCUUGAUUCUGUCACAGUACAUUUUGUAUGCAAGUUAGAACACGCAUUGUUUCACUUUGGAAAGAGAAGCGAAUGUGUGUUCUAACAAAGAAUCAAUUUAAUUUAAGGGGAUCUUUGGUGGAAUUAUAUGCCAAACUUUUUAAAACUCAACACUGGUUUUAUCAAUAUGAACUUUUUCUUUUUUGGUAAGCAACAUACAGACUGUAAGAUACUUAACAAUGUUGUUCUAUGUUUCUUUAACUAUUUCUUGGUUUGACUAUUCAUUGUAAGUGGGCAAAAAAUAAACCUAGCUGGUUUAUUCCUAAUGAUUUCAGCUUCAGUAUCUUCAACAUUCUCUUAUAUAUUUUUAAAAUUAUCCCACAUGCAUAACUAAACAAUUUUGUCUUCAAAUUAAUUUUUACCCAAUACCCAUCCCUUCCCCAUACCAAAUGAAGCUUACUGAUUUGCAAAAAUAAAAAGGGGAGAGUGCUUAUACUUUAUAUGUAUAUAUUCACAGUUUUUAUUUAUUAAAAAAAUGUACAGUACUUGUGGAAGCCAGCAGAAGACAUCAAACACACUCACAUCUUCCCAACUUUGUUCUGUGUAGAGGAUUCCCCCAUGGACACUGCCGGGGUGUGCAUGCAGUGGCUGGAUCUAGCCCCAAACAAGUUGUCUUUUCUCUCCUCUCAGAUAAAGCCUUUCCAUGAACUACCGACCAGUUUUCAAGUCAUCUGAAUACUGAAAAUGUUACAUCUGGAUCUGUACCUUGGCUAUAUAAUUACGUUUUUUCCCUAUUUUUUUUUUUUUUUUUUUUUGUGAACACUCCAAACAGGAGUUCAC